CUCCAGCUUCACCAUGGUCAGUUACUGUCCAAUUUGUGGGAAGCCUGUCUACUUCGGUGAAAAGAAACGUUCCCUAGGACGUGACUACCAUCCUCUCUGCCUCAAGUGCCAAAAGUGCAAGAGACAGCUCACAGCUGGACAACAUGCAGAGCAUGAUGAGAAGCCAUACUGCUCAACUUGCUAUAUGAGGCAGUUUGGUCCCAGAGCGAGCAAACCCAUGUUCUGCCCCAGUGCUGCCUCAUAGAAGUCCUGAGAAACAUCAUGCUGCAUCCAUGCAUCCAAAGGCACUGGCAUCCAAGGGACAUACACAAGGAAAGGAUCGACAACUGACUCACCCAAAAGAAUCAGCAACUUCUUCAAGACAAAAAGACAGUCCAAAAUAAACUGUAAUGUUCACAGGGAUGGAUUACUGCACGGGCCUACCGGGCCCAGGCCCAGGGGCCCAAGGGGUCAGCGUGC